CAAUGCUGCAUAUGUUGCUCCACCCUCUCGAUUCCCUAUUGUCGCUACCUGCAACCAUUAACUACAGUACUACACACACCACUGUGUGUGAGAGACAACGAUAAAUCAUAUGCCAGAGAGUGAAGCUAGUUAGGGCGACUGAUAAUCGGAGGAGAUGGUAUGUUCGGCUCGGAUACUGGAUGUUUCGUACCCUCUAACGCCGUCGGUUUCUUCUCAUCUUCCGGCUGCACAUCAUAACUCGAGGUAUCUUUGUCGAAACCUAAAAUCUACUGUCAGAUGGCGAUUGAUGUCGUCUGAUCCAGAUGCUUCUAAGUUUGCUGCUGCUGCUGCUGCCGCCUCGAUUGAUGCUGAUUCAGCCGAGAAAAACGCUGCAGGGUUCUGUAUAAUCGAAGGACCUGAAACAGUACAGGAUUUCGAUAAAAUGGAUGUACAAGAGAUUCAAGAUAAUAUUAGGAGUCGUCGGAAUAAAAUAUUUUUGCACAUGGAGGAGGUUCGCCGCCUAAGGAUACAACAGAGAAUAAAAAGUGCCGAACUUGGAAUCCCAGAGGAAGAACAAGAUGGCGAACUUCCAAAUUUUCCAUCAUUCAUCCCCUUCUUGCCUCCUCUGUCCUCUGCAAAUCUCAAACAAUACUAUGCCACCUGCUUUUCUCUUAUUUCUGGAAUUAUCAUUUUCGGAGGUCUCCUGGCACCUACUUUGGAGUUGAAAUUGGGAAUAGGAGGGACAUCGUAUGCGGAUUUUAUUUCUAGCAUGCAUCUUCCAAUGCAGUUGAGCGAGGUUGACCCUAUCGUGGCAUCGUUCUCUGGCGGAGCAGUUGGAGUGAUUUCAGCCUUGAUGGUGGUUGAAAUAAACAACGUAAAACAGCAGGAGCAUAAAAGAUGCAAGUAUUGUCUAGGAACAGGCUAUCUAGCUUGUGCUCGCUGUGCUAGCACAGGGGCAAUUGUUCUUAUUGACCCAGUUGCAUCUGCUAAUGGCGGAAAUCAACCUCUAUCUCCACCUAAAACUGAAAGAUGUUCAAACUGUUCGGGUGCAGGAAAAGUUAUGUGUCCAACUUGUCUUUGUACAGGAAUGGCUAUGGCAAGUGAGCAUGAUCCACGAAUCGACCCUUUUGAUUGAUCAAGUUUGUAGAUUGAACUUUAGCUUGUGUGUAUGUAACAUACAAAAUCCAAUCUUUCUUCCCCAAAUAUAUCUUCCACCAUACAGCAGAUCAAUGUUUCUGGUCAGUUUGUAUGGUACAUUAAUUCUGUUAUACAACUCUUUAAAUAUAUUGUUGCAUAAGUUUAUAUAAGAUGGUAAAUUCUC